AUGUUAACAUUGAUUGAAGCCCCAACGGGUAAAAACACGGAUAGUGAAACAGUACCCGAAAAUUCAAGGCCCGGUCAAAGAUUAUUAGAUUAUUCACAAGGUAAUAUUACAAAUGAAUUUGAUGAUGAACAAGAAUUAGAAAAUAAUAGAUUAACAAGAUACAUUAAAUCAUGGAGAAGAUUUUUUGUUGGAAAAUCAAAUUCAAAUGAUUAUUCACAAGAAUGGAAACGUGAAUUUAUGGUACAUCCAACAAUGAGUGAUGCUGAUAUGACAUUACAACAAAUAUAUUUAGAUAAUGCUCAAGGUAGUAUACCAACACUUGUAAUAAGAAGUAUCAUACAAAAUAACGUGUAUAUGUUGGCAUCAUAUGUUCAAAAAAAACCUUGGUUAAUUUUAACAGUUAUUGUAUCAUUAUUUUUAAUAUGUACUAUUGGCCUUCAACAUGUACGUUUUGAAGAUGAUAUUGUUAAACUAUGGGUUCCAAAAGGAGGGCAUUUAAAUGCUGAAAUUAAUUAUUAUUCAAAUAUCAAAAAAGAAUUUGAAUCUCGCAAAAAUAUAUGGAGUCAUUAUGAUGAAAAACAUUUUAUUAGGCCUUUUAUUGAUGAUAAAUUAAAAAAUUAUUCAGAUGAUGAUGAAACUGGUGGAAGUUAUCAAGUUUUAAUACAAACUGGUGAAAAAGAUAAAGAAAAUUUAUUAACAAAAGAAAGAUUAUUAGAACAUGUUGAAUUAAUAAAAGAAAUUAAAGAUAUAACCAUUAAUCUUUAUGGACUUAAUUGGACAUUAGAUGAUAUAUGUUUUAAACCAGGAGAUCUUUCUAUAAAAGAUGAUUCAAUGGCAAAAGAUUAUCAACCAGUUAUUGAAAGCUUAAUACCAUGUAUAUGGAUAACACCAAUAGAUUGUUUUUUUGAAGGUUCUAAACCAAUGGGACCAACACCACCAAUAAAUUUAAAUAAUAUUACAUUACUUGGUUAUAUAACAGAAUUACCAGAAGAAAAUACAUUAAAAUGGACAAAUAUUAAUCCAAAACAAGUUAUUGAUGAUUUAUCAAAAGUAACAAAUCUUGGAACAAUGAAAGAAUUUUUUGAUAGAAGUGAAAUUGGAAUGGGAUAUUUAGAUCGUCCCUGUAUUGAUCCAUUAGAUCCAGAAUGUCCAAUAACGUCACCAAAUUAUUAUAAUGGAUUACCAGCUUUUAAAAUUUUUGAAGAGUCUCUUAAGAAAAAAAAUAUUAGUAUUGAUAGUGUCUUAAGUAAAUUUGUAGAUACUCUUGAUAGUUUUAAUUUCUUUUUUAUUUCAAUUAAUCGCAAACAAUCAACAAAUGAUAAACAUUAUAAUUCUUAUCGAGUAUCAUUUAUGGAAUUUCUUAAAUCUAAUCAUGAAGAAGCAGAAAAAUUAUUUAAAUUAACAUCAUAUCCUUUAUAUCCAAAUUAUGGUGAAAUAGUUAAAAAUGGAUGUAAAGGAUUUGCUAGAGGUGUUAUGAAUUGGUCUAAAAAUAUGAUAUUUGGUGGAAUAAAUAUAACAAAUGAUGGUAAAAUGACAGCUGAAGCUAUGCAAACAAUAAUUUUAGUAUCAUCACCAAAAGAAAUUUAUACAUCAUUUGCUAAUAAUCAAACAUCACGUCAUCAAAAAUUAAUAAAUGGUGAUAUAAUUGAUAAAUGGAAUGUUGAUAUGGCUAAAGAAAUAUUAAAAGUUUGGCAAAGAAAUUUUACACAAUCAAUAUAUAAUCAUAAAUUAAAUUUUUAUUCACAACCUAAUUAUCCUAAUAUAAAAAUAGAAAAAAGACGUUUACAUCCAUUAGCAUCAACAUCAAUAGGUGAUAUGUUAUCAGAAUUUUGUCAAUUUAAUUAUACUGUUAUUUUAUUUGGAUAUGGUUUUAUGAUAUUAUAUGCAAUGUAUUCACAAGGAAAAAUAAGAAAUUAUAAAUUAUCUCAUGAUUCAUCUGUUAGUUUAGCAUUUUUUGGUGUACUAAGUGUUACAUUAUCAAGUAUUGCUGGUCUUGGUGUUUCAACAUGGCUUGGUAUUGAAUUUAAUGCUGCUACAACACAAAUUGUACCAUUUUUAACAUUAGGAAUUGGUGUUGAUAACAUGUUUUUAUUACUUCAUAAUUAUCAUACUGUUACAAAAUCAGUUAAAAAAAAUGAAGUUGGUGUUUUAUUAAAAGAAACAGGAAUGUCAAUACUUAUGACAAGUACAAAUAAUAUUUUAUCAUUUUUAGCUGGAACUGUUCUUCCUAUACCAGCAUUACGAUCAUUUUGUUUUCAAUCAUGUAUAUUAUUAACAUUUAAUUUAAUUGGAAUUUUUACAAUAUUUCUUGCAAUGAUAUCAAUUGACUUACGACGUCUUAAAGAUGGUCGUAGGGAUGUUUUUUGUUGUUCAUAUGAAAUACAUUUAUCAGAUGAUGAAGAUGGUAGAAAUUAUAAUGAUAAUGGUACAAAAAUUAAUAUAAGAAAUGAAAGUAUUAUAGAAAGAGCUUUAUCACGUUCUAAUACUGUAUCAAUUAAUAAUAAUAAUACAUAUCAAUCAUUAAAUUUUAUAAAAGGAAAUGAUGAAGAAGAUGAAAAAAAUUGUAAUCAAUUACCAGCAAAAGGAAUUAUACAUCGUUUAUUAAGAAAAUAUUAUAUACCAUUUUUAAGAUAUAAAUUUAUUAAAAUUUUAAUACUUAUACUUGGUCUUGGAUUAGGUAUAAUUGGUUAUUUAGGAACAUUUAAUAUUAAACAAGGAUUAGAAUUAAGUGAUGUUUUACCAGAACAUACAGCACCAGCUGCAUUUUUAAGAGCUAGAGAUCGUUAUUUUAGUUUUUAUCCAAUGUCAAUUGUAAUUCGUGGUGAAAAUGUUGAUUUUGCUGGUAAACAAAAAUUAAUUGAAAAUCUUCGUAAUGAUAUUGGUAGAUUAAAUUAUGUUGUAAAAAAUGGUUAUGGUCAACCAAGUGAACCAUUUUGGAUGGAUUUAUUUAAAAAUUGGCUUUAUAGAUUACAAGAAAAAAUUGAUAAAGCAAAUAAUGAUGGAUUAUUAAUUGAUUUUGAUAAAAGAAUAUUAAAUGGUUCUAAUGAAGUAAAAUAUCCCGAUUUACAGGUAGCAUAUUCAUUAUUAUGUAGUUAUGGUGAUAAAGAAGAUUGUUCACGUGUUGGAAAAAUUAAAUUAAUUCAAAAUGGUAUUGUAAAUGAAGAAGGAUUUUAUAAUUAUUUAUAUGGUUGGCAUGAAUAUGAAUCAAUGUUAUACACUGUAUCACAAGCUAAAUUUUAUCCACCAUUAUAUAAAUUAAAAGAAGGUACUGGUAAUAUGACAUAUAGAUAUUUUAUACCACCAAUACCAAAACCAAAAUAUAGUGAAAUACCAUUUUAUAUGACUGGUUUAUCUGAUACAGAAACAAUUGUUAAUAUGAUAAAAGAAGUUAGAGCUAUUUGUUCUAGAUAUACAGAACUUGGUAUUGAUAAUUUUCCUAGUGGAAUUGCUUUUGUCUUUUGGGAUCAAUAUUUAAAUCUUAAUAUAACAAUAUUAAAAGCUAUUGGUAUUAUAACAUUUGCUGUUUUUAUUGUUAUAACAAUAUUACUUUUUAAUUUAUGGGCUGCUGCUUGCAUAUGUUUUACAUUAAUGAUAAUGACAUUAGAACUUGCUGGUUUUUUAGGAUAUUCAGGAAUAAAAUUAAAUCCUGUCUCAGCUGUUUCAUUAAUUACUGCUGUUGGUAUUGGUGUUGAAUUUACUGUACAUGUUAUGUAUUCAUAUCUUACAGCAUUAGGUACAAGACAAGAACGUAUGGAAAUGGCUAUUGAUAGAGUAUUUGUACCUGUUAUUCAUGGAGCAAUUUCAACUUUAUUAGGAAUAUUAAUGCUUGGUUUUUCAGAAUUUGAAUUUGUCGUAAAAUAUUUCUUUAUAAUAAUGUCAGCAUUAAUUAUAAUAGGUCUUAUAAAUGGAUUAAUUUUUAUGCCAGUUUUACUUUCAAUUUUUGGUCCUAAUACAGAGAUUAAAGUCAAAGGAAACAAAAAACGUCUCUUACCUCCACCACCUCUUUCCCGUGAUAUCGAUCUUCCGAAUAGAAGAAUUAAAACUCGGUCUUCUGUUACAUUCCCAACAACACAUGAAAAUGUUAUGGAAUAA